CGGGGGGAGGAGAGGUGGCACCGGGGGGCCGAGCGCCGCGCAGACCGCUCGCCCCUCCCGAGAUCUCGCAGAGCAGCCGGGAGAGGAGAAGGGCAGGCACCGUGCGGGGGAGCCGCGGGGAAUCCCGGGCUCUUCGGGGAGCGGAGAAACUUACCGCCUCGCCUUUCCUCGUGUAGCAGGGAGCUGACAGAUGAGUCCCGGCACCCAGAGCAGCUGAGGCGCCCCCGGGCCCCGCCGGCUCGCGCUGCGUCCAGGAGCCUGGGGCCAUGGCGUCUCCUCAGUGCCCAAGGAUGAGCAGGGGGCAGCAACCUCUGGCUGGCGGUGCAGCUGCCCAGGUGCCCGCGCCAGCAGCUCCCGAAUAAGUGUCCUGCCGCUGCCCCGCUUCUCUUCCUCUCGCGCCCCUCAGCAUGGCUCUCUCGGCCCGAGGCGCGCUCAGGAUGGUGCUGGGAAAGGGCCUGGCAAUCGGCUGCCCAGCCCCCCGCUGAAUCGCCCCCGUCUCUCUGAAGAGGGCCUCUGCCCCCCCAGUCGGCGCCGAGCAGCCCCGCAGUUCUCCGCUUGAGCGGCUGAGACCUUGCACAGUCACUGCAGGGCAGAAUAUAGAACUAUGAUAGCAACUGGUGGAGUAAUAACAGGGCUGGCAGCCUUAAAGAGGCAAGACUCUGCCAGAUCUCAGCAUCAACUAAAUCUUGCCACAUCACCAACUUCUGAAGAGAAAAAGCCAGUCAGACGCCGGCCCAGGGCUGAUGUAGUAAUUGUCAGGGGCAAAAUCCGACUUUACUCCCCGUCAGGAUUCUUUCUUGUUUUGGGAGUGCUCAUCUCAUUCAUGGGAAUUGCAAUGGCUAUCCUUGGAUACUGGCCACAAAAGGAACAAUUUUUAAGUCCUGAAGCUAGUCUAGCCUUAAAUGAAACCCAAGUCAUAACAAACCAAGGUGGAGUUAUAUUUCAUUUCUUUGAACAACAUUUACACUCAGAUAAGAUGAAAAUGUUGGGCCCCUUUACUAUGGGCAUUGGAAUCUUUAUUUUUAUUUGUGCAAAUGCCAUCCUACAUGAAAAUCGUGACAAGGAAACAAAAAUCAUACAUAUGAGAGACAUAUAUUCCACUGUAAUAGACAUGCACAGUCUGAGAAUCAAGGAACAAAAGCAGUUGAAUGGCGCUUAUACUGGUUUAUUGGGAGAAAGUGAAUUUAAGCAUAGUGGGAACUCAUAUGCCUCGCGAUUGGCUGCAAACACAAUUGCACCUUUCUCUGGCUUCAGGAGUAACUUUCGAAUGGAUAGUUCGGCUGAAGAAGAUGAAGUUGCCAUAAAUGAAGACAAGAACACUUCUAACCUUCUACCACCUUUGCUGACUGAGCAUUCUGGCUCUGUCUUUGGACUCUACCCUCACACUAGCAAAGCAAUGGAUGACAAAAAUAGUAGCUCUAUAAAGUGUGAAACAAAGUCAAUUGUAUCAUCCUCCAUUAGUGCUUUCACACUGCCUGUAAUUAAACUAAACAACUGUGUUAUUGAUGAACCUAGUAUAGACAAUAUCACUGAGGAUUCUGAGAUCACUAGAAGCCAGUCUAGAAAUUUGUCAAUGGACUCUCUAGCCAUUCCAUUAACUGAUACCAAUGAAUCCUACAAACCUGCCAGUGCAAUGCUACCCCGAAAUAAUUCAUUUGUAGAAUCUCCAUCCAGUCAGUUCAAAUCUUCUAUGACUCUUGGACCAAGCACUGGAAAACUUUUAUCACCUGGUGCUGCCAGAAAACAAUUUGGGUCCAACGCAUCUUUGCAUCUUCUGUCCGCACAUUCAAAAUCCUUGGAUUUAGAGAGGGGUCCGUCUACACUCACUGUCCAAGCUGAACAAAGAAAACACCCCAGCUGGCCCAGAUUGGAUCGAAGCAACAGUAAAGGAUACGUGAAACUAGAAAACAAAGAGGACCCAAUGGAUAGGUUACUUGUACCACAAGCCACAGUUAAAAAGGACUUUACUAAUAAGGAAAAGCUUCUUAUGAUAUCAAGAUCUCAUAAUAAUUUGAGUUUUGAACAUGAUGAGUUUUUGAGUAACAACCUAAAGCGGGGAACUUCAGAAACAAGAUUUUAAUAUUUAAAUUACAAUUUACAAGACAUACAGUAUUUUUAAAAAUAUUUUGACGAGUGUUUCUUUUUCAGUGAAAUUGGCACAAGCCUGUUUUUACCAAAUGCUUAUGGCACAUUCAGAUUGGCUUGUGUGAACAGAGAUCAUCAUCUCUGUGAUGCCAAGAGUUUCAUGUGUUAGUAACAUACAACUGCAAUACUGUAUGUUAUCACCACUCAAAUAUAUGUUCAUGCCACAGAUCCCAUAUUCUCCAAUCUGUUGCUCUUUUGUUUCUAUAUAAGCACAUGACCUUUCAUCACAAAGACAAGAAACCUGCAUCAGAAUUGGAGCUCCCAUAAGCUUCUAGUUUGUUUUUUUUAGUGAUUGCAACAUUCUAACAAUGAUGCUUCCAGUCUAGGAUGGAAAGUGAGUAGCAGUAUCUACUGGAAUUGCCAAAUCCAAACACACAUUCUAGAUAUUUUCUUUUACAUAUGAUACAUCUUGGUAACUGCAAUCCUAGAAUGUCAUUGUGUUUACAUGUUGGGGAGGGAGGGUAGAAGAAAAUUGGGCAGAUUAAAAACAUUUUUGUGAACUCACUGUAAAUGGUCAAGUUGAAUACCAGUGUUGUGAAUUCUAGUUAACUAUGCUUUAUGUGAUAACUUUCUAUAUCCACUAUAAUUUAGUACUGCAAUUCAAGAAAAUCAUAUGUAGAAUAACCAUGGCUGAGAAAUUUGCAGAUUUUUCUGGGAUUAGUUAUCCAAAGUGCAUUAAUUGGGAACAGCUUUACAAAUAAAAUGACAAAAUUAACUAAAAAUAUGAACAUGAUGAAUAACAGGAUUUUAGAGUUAUGAUGUACAGUAUAAUAUUGUGACAAAAAUCUAAAGAGAAUAAUUAAAUAUAUUAUAUAUAGUGUUUAUAAUAACCAAAUCUUAAAUAACAGGAUUGCUGUGUUUGAAAAAAUUGAAACAACAAACUACAAUUCAAUAUUUACACUAAUGUUAAUGUGAAAGCCCAACUGGCUAAAUUUAAACUUGUAUAUUUUGCAUAAUUAUAGCUUGAUGGCUCAGGGGAGGUUUAGCUGUGAUAAAUUGCAUAGAAAGCUUUUGCAAAGGAUCGACGUUUAAGACCAAAAGGUUUCUGUCAGCAAAGCAAGCUUCACAGUUGCAGUUGUAGGCUAAGAAAGUUAAUAUGAAUGACUCUGCUAGAAAGUUUUUAUUUAUUCCAUUAAGCCAUUUAGGCCUUGAUCCUGUCAUGACAACCACACUUGAGAACUCCUUCUACCAUUCACCAAGCAGUAUUGGGGCCUUAACUGGUCAUCUUUAACAGGUGUUUGAUAUUUUCACUUAACCUAAAUACUCAGGAAUUGUUUUGUUUUGUUUUUUAAAAGGCUUUCCCCAAAAAAGAAUCAAAAGUUGGAAUGUUGUUGUACUUCAGUUGAUCAUGAAAGAUGAAAGACAGAAAUAUUUUUUUUUUUUUUAAUUUCCAGCUCCAUUACUUGCUCAGUGAAUUGAGGCAUAGUGUUACUUGUUAGAACCUCAAGCCUAUAUAUUGUAACAGAGUUGGCUAAAUAUUUUGCUAUGAAGCUUUUAAUAACUUUCUGG